AUGUUUGGAAAGUUUAAGAGCAUGCUCAGCGGCCCCCAGGUGCCAGCUGCAGCUCCUGAUCCUGCUCCUGCUCCUGCUCCUGCUAAGGAGGAGAAGCCGGCUGAUAAAGAGAAUGAGACCAAGAAAGAGGACAAGCCACAGGAUCCGCCGGCUCCAGCACCGGCCCCUGCACCAACUCCUGCACCGGCCGCAGCUCCUGCACCGGCCGCAGCUCCAGCACCAGCUCCUGCACCGGCUCCUGCACCGGUUCCUGCACCGGCUCCCGCACCGGCUCCAACAUCCAACCCUGAUCAGCCUGCGCCUGAGGGAGAGGAGGCGGCUCCUCCUCCACCCAUAGUCAUCAACAGGUACUCGGACGACCAGCUCAGAGCCAUCGCCAAACUGAUGAGAGACAGACUGAAAAUCUACCAGGAGAAGGUUUCUGAUCCACAUGCGUCGUCACCCGAAAUAUCCCCUCCCGUCACUCCGCUGAUACGCAAAGACGACUACGCCGUGCUCAUCGAGGAGAGGAAGAAGAAAGCAGAGGAGGACCGGAUACAGAAAGAGGAGGCGGAUAAGAAGAAGAAGGAGGAGCAGGAGAAGAAAAAGAAGGAGGCCGAGGAGAAGAAGAAGCUGGAGGAGGAGGAGAGGAAGAAGGCAGAAGCUCUGGAGGAGAAGAAGAAGGUUCCCCUGAAGGCGCAGUUGAAGCAGAGCGCCUGGGCGCUGGUGGACGGCACGCUGAAGCCCAUGGAGGACGGGAUGGACAGCGUCCUGGGCCACACCAUCGACCCCUUCACGGACCGGCGCUACAUCGCCUGGCUCAGCGUGGUGACGCUGGCCUUCAACUACAACCUGUGGUUCCUGACGGCGCGGCUGUGCUUCCCGUACCACAACGAGAACACCAUCUCCUACUGGUUCGGCGCCGACCUGCUGGCCGACUUCAUCUACCUCACAGACUCCGCCUUCUUCCAGUCCCGCAAGCAGUUCGUCAGAGCCGGAGACAUCAUAAAAGACAGAUCACUUACGAAAAACCACUACAGAGAAUCUGAGAGAUUCAUGGUUGACAUGAUGUCUCUCUUGCCGUUUGACUUGCUCUACCUCCAGUUUGGAUUUAAAUCUAUUUUCAGAGCCAAUCGAAUACUGAAAGUGGACACAUUUUUUGAGUUCAGUGAUCGUCUUGAAAGCAUCAUGGCCAAAGCUUACAUCUGGAGAGUGAUUCGCACCAUCGGCUAUCUCCUCUUCAUGCUCCACAUCAACGCCUGCUUGUACUACGUGGCUUCAGACUAUCAGGGCAUCGGCCAAACUAAAUGGGUCUACUCUGGCAAUGGCAGCGCGUACCUGCGUUCUUACUACUUUGCUGUUCGCAGCCUGAUCAACAUCGGGGGUCUUAGCGAACCCCACACCGUCUUUGAGAUUGCCUUUCAGAUGACUAACUUUUUCGUGGGCGUCUUUGUGUUCUCCAGUUUAAUUGGACAGAUGAGGGACGUCAUCGGCGCCGCGACGGCAGGACAGACCUAUUUCCGUUCUUCAAUGGAUGGCACCGUCGCCUACAUGGUGACCAACCGCAUCCCCGGGCUGGUGCAGAACAGAAUCCGUACCUGGUACACCUACACCUGGGAUGCUCAGGGCAUGUUAGACGAGUCUGAGCUGCUGGAUAAGAUGCCUCUGGUGAUGAGAACCGCCAUCGCUGUGGACAUCAACCUGGUUACCUUCCAGAAGAUUGAUCUUUUCAAGGGCUGUGACCAGCAGAUGUUGGUGGAUAUGUUGCUGCGACUGAAGUCGAUCGUCUACCUGCCCGGAGACUUCGUUGUGAAGAAGGGAGACAUCGGUAAAGAGAUGUACAUCAUCAAGAGUGGAGCGGUGCAGGUGGUGGGAGGACCCGACAACAGCAUCGUGUUCGUCACGCUGAAGGCCGGCUGUGUGUUCGGAGAAAUCAGUCUCUUGCAGUCGUCUAAAGACGGCGGGAACAGGCGCACGGCUAACGUCAAAGCCUACGGCUUCGCUAACCUGUUUGUUCUGGAGAAGAAGGACCUGUUCGACAUCCUGAUCCACUACCCCGAGUCCCAGAAGGUUCUGGCCAGGAAGGGAAAAAAGCUGAUGAAGUCCAAGGGCCCGGCUGCAGCUAAAGCCGAAGAGGACAAGAAGAAAGGCCUGGCGCUGUUCGGACCCAAGCCGCCCACACCCAAACUGCUGCGAGCCGUCGGAGGAACCAUCAACCGAGGCUUCAUCAACAGGAUGAAGGGUGCGUCUGGUGGCAACUGA